UGAAGUCCAUGGAGAACAGACUCCCUCCACCGGAUCCUGCUGUAGUUUAGGCGACGCCUGUAUGUAUGGCACAGGGACCCAAUUAACCCGUGGAUUGAAGAAUCAUGGGUAACCUCAUUAGCAGACCUAGCUGUUUGGGACAAAAGUCCAAACAAGUUAAGUCAGAGGAGAGUGUCUUGAAAGAGUGCUACCAGCAACGGAGAGAAUGGCCGCUCCCAGAGCCACCUAGAGAAGAAACAAGGAAAGAGGAUGUGGAAGAGGUUCUUCGACAAACUCCAACACCGGACAAGCAGAGGAGUUCCCCAGCCCCUACUGUCACUACAACCAGCACUCUGGACAAUGCCUGGCGAAGCACUCCGUCCCCGGUAAAAACACCACGAAAUGGGUCUUUGCCCAGAAUGUGUAAUAUUCCAGAGUACAGAAGAUCCCCCCUGAGUCAGUAUGGAUCCGUGGACAGGAGAGCCAGCCUGCAGAGAAAGGAUUCUGGAAGUCCCUGGUCCUGGAAGCCUCUGAACACUCGAGAGGUUACUGAAGUCACAGAGGUGACAGAGACAAUUGUUACCGAGAUUGUAGAGGUGACAGAGUAUCCUCCUGCGGGGAAAGGAGGUGACCCUAUUGUUACUAGAACUGUUAGAGUCCUUACUGGAGCUGCUGAGGAACUUGCAGAGCUGCAGAGUGAUGGUCAGUCAAGUUCAGACCAGGAAUCAAGUCUAGAUCAAUGGAAGGAUGGCAGCAGUGUUUUGGCUCUGAAAGAUGAGUUCAGGGAUCCGUUGAAAUUCCAGCAAAAUCUGGAAACGCUGCUGACGUGGGUCUGCGAGAUUGAGGAGCUGACAGCCAAUCAAAAACCACCAUCCUCAGAGUUUAAAGUGGUGAAAGCGCAGCUGCAAGAACAGAAGUUCUUACAGCGCCUCCUAGAGGACAGGAGACCAAGUAUGGAGACCAUGAUGCAGGAGGGUCCACACCUGGCAGAGGGACUUCAGGGAAAUGACAGUGAAAAGACCAAAGUGCAGCUUGCACAGCUCGAGCUCAAGUGGGAGGCUCUACUUCAGGGCGCCAACAGCAGACACAGGACUCUGGUGGACAUUCUGCCAAGAGCUCAGCUAUUCCAGGAGAGGACAGACAGACUUCAGCAAUGGCUUAUAUCUGUGGAUCAGGACUUAGCUGAGCUCCGCUCUGCAGAGAGAGGGAUGCUCCAUUUGCAAGAAGCCACAGGACAGGCCAAGGCAGUCAUGGAAGAGAUAAAAGCUAAGAGUGUCGACCUGGGGAAACUCCAACAAUGUGCUUAUGAGCUCAUGGAAAAGAUUUCAGAGGAGGAAACCCAGCUGGUGCAGGAGCGGGUAGACAGUCUGCGUAUUCGGUACUCAGUGAUGAGUCUGGGUAGUGCUGAUGUCCUGCAGAGGCUGGAACAGGCUUUGGAGGCAUCUAGUCGAUGUACCUCCAGUCAGGAAGACCUCCACCUUUGGCUUGGUCGAAUCGAGAGAGAGCUGCUGGCUCCUGCUGCCCAGACUGAGACUGGAGAUGCAGUCUUGUGUUCUUCUGAGAGGCAGAAGCUGGAACAGGCUGUUGAGAAAGAGUUGGCUUGGUUUAGAGACACCUCACUGGCACUGGAGGAGCUCAGAGCCAUUAAUCUGGACCCAGACAUCAUUGCAUCCGAGCUCAAUGAGCAGAAAAUACUUGCUGUGGAGAUUCUGCAGCACAAGUUUAACAUUGAGAAAAUGGUGAAGAUUUUGGAACUCCUGCAGAUGUACACUGAGGAUGGGGAGACACUGAGACUCCAGUCUUCCCUAGACACCUUACAGGAGCAGUGCCAGGUCACUACUGCCACUAAUUCCCAAGUCUUGCUUCAACUGGAGCAUGCUCAGUCGCUCUUGUCUCAGUUCUCAGAGGGCUAUGCUGAGGUGUUACCAUGGUUACAGGAAACCAAAGCCCUUAUUGGCCUGUUUACCCUGAACACCAUCAGCUACGAGGCUUUCCGAGAACAACAGGACCUCUUACAGGGCAUCAGGGAGUCCAUAGCAGAGCAUAAGCCACUGAUAGCACGGCUGAUCAUGCUGGCCCAGCGUCUAUCAGACCUGAAUGCAGUUCAGGGAGAGGAGUUCUGCCAGAAAGCCAGGGACACUGAAGAGCAGCAUCUGGCCAUCAGAGACAGGGUUCGAGAAGCUGCUGGAGUACUGGAGGAGUCUCUGCCCCGCUAUACACAGCUGAAUGAGAGGAUGACUCUGAUCGGAGAGAGCGUGGAGCGUCUGUGUAGUCACCUGCAGGCCUCAAUGGCUCUUCAAGGCCUCUCCCCACGAAUUCAAGAGCAGCUACAGGACAACAAGCACACAUUGUCUGAGCUCUCAAAAAUGGAUCUGGACCUCAGCAGUGUGAGGACACAGGCUCAGGAGCUCCUUACCAACACAGGGGCUCUUGGGGACAGUUCCAUUGGCACAGCUAUUCAAGACCGGGUUUGCAGUCUAACAAGCUGCUGGGAGGAGGCUCAAAGACAAGCUCAGGAGAGGGAGAAGUGGCUUCUCAAUCUCCUGGAUCUGGCAGUCAGGUUCUGGAAUGAUGUGAGUGACAUGACAUCUGGACUGAAUGAUACCCAGCAAGCUGUUCUGGACCUCAACUCCAGUCGAUCAGAUUCAGAAACCAUCCGACAGAGCCUGGAGACCAUGCAGACACUCAGGGAGGACAUUGAUUCUCUGCAAGGUGACCUGGACACACUAGGAAUUCUGGGAAUGGAACUCAUGUCAGCUUGUGGUGACACAGACAAGCCAGAGGUCACCAAAUGUUUGGAUGAGCUUUAUGGCACGUGGAACAAUCUCAGUAAGAUCUGGACAGAGUGCAACAGUAAGUUAGAAGAAUGUUUACGAAUGGCUCUCCAUUAUCAGGACAGUAUGCAGGGACUCUUUGAGUGGCUGAAGUCUGCAGAGCUGAAAUCCACCGAGGAGUUCUCAGUGGGAUCUGACCUGGGAUCAGUUAAAGAGCAGCUAUGUGACCUGAAGGAAUUUAAGCGAGAGCUCUAUAAGAAGAAGAUCGAGAUUGAGAGUCUAAACCAUCGCUUUGUGUGUCGCCUUUCCCCGGGCACUGAGCGGCCUGGGUCCAUCUCUCCACUGUGUGACUUCCGUCAGCGAUGGGACAACUUGGAGUCAGAGACUGUCAGCAGACAGCACCAGUUGGAGUGUGCACUGCUGGGCUUGGGUCAGUUCCAGAACACUCUUGAUGAGUUGCACGCCUGGCUCUCCCACACGGCUGACCUACUGCAAGCCUCUCAGUCAAUCAGCAUUGACCUGCAAACCUGUGAGAUAGAGCUAGCCAAGCACAAGGUUCUGCGGAAUGAUGUGAUGUCCCAUGUGCAAACGGUAGACUCUCUGAACCAGGCCGGCAGAAACCUGAUGGAGUCUGGGGCGGGAGACAGUUCACAUGUCCUGCAGACUCGUCUGGAACAGCUGAACGAACGCUGGGAAUUUGUGCGCUGUGAGACAGAGCGCAGACAGCUAGAGCUGGAAAAUAACCUCAGUCAGGUUCAGGACGUAACCAUGGAGAUCCAGGAUCUCCUGCAGUGGCUGGAGCACACAGACCUGAGGCUGUCAUCCAGUAAGACCGUGUGGGGAAUGCCAGACUCUGCCAACGAGAGACUGAACGCUCAUUUGGCAAAGUUAACAGAGGGACUUGGUCUUGCAAAGGAGUUUAACAGUAAUGUCCAAGACCUGUUGACCAAAAUGGCCAAGUGUAAGGAGACCAUAAACACUCUGCCUGCGCCCAGCUUCAUCCUGGACACCAUCUGCGCUCAGCUUCAGGAGCACAGGGUGCUGGUAGGUGAGGUGCAGUCUUACGGAGAGAGGAAGAUGAGUGUGGAAACCGCUGCCACACGUCUGUCCGAGCUCAGCAGGAAGGAAGACUGUGAUGUGGUGCAGAACCUGAUCAUGACCGUUCAGGACCGAUUCAAGAAACUCCUCCAACACACCACAGACAGGGGGAAAACACUCGAGGACGCCAAAAGACAUGCUAAACAGUUCAGUGAAUCAUGGCACUUGCUGGUGGACUGGAUGACGGAGGUUGAACAGACGCUGGACACACACAAAGAGAUCGCAGUGUCACAGGAAGAGAUCAAACAGCAGCUCACUGAACAAAAGGAGUUCCAGAAGCUGCUCCGCUUGAAGCGGCCGAUGUACGAGGCCUGUCUGAAGAGAGGCCGCUCGCUGCAGGAGAAAGCCCAGAGUCCUGAAGACACACAGCACCUGGAGAACAUGGUGUCUGAGCUCAGAGACUCAUGGGACACCAUCAGCGGCAAAUCCAGCGAGAGGGGACACAAGCUGGAAGAGGCUCUGCUGUUUUCAGGCAGAUUCACUGACGCUCUGCAGGCUCUUAAUGACUGGCUGUACAGAGCCGAGCCACAGCUGGCUGAAGAUGUACCUGUCUGUGGUGAAAAAGACCUGGUCAGCAAUCUGAUAGACAAGCACAAGGUGUUCCAGCGGGAGCUCGGGAAGCGUGCCAGCUGUAUCCGCACGCUGAAGCGCUCGGUCAGGGAUCUGACGCGGAGCAGCACGGCUGAUGCACACUGGCUGCAGGAGCAGAUGGAGGAGCUGGAGGGCCGCUGGGAGGCCGUGUGUAAACUCUCUGUGUCCAGACAGACUCGACUAGAGGCCGCGCUGCAACAGGCGGAAGAGUUCGAUGGAAUGGUUCACUCGUUCCUGGAUCAUCUUUGGGAUGUUGAGAGGGUCCUGAAGUACGGAGUGCUGCCUGAGGAAGAGGAGGCUCUUCUGGCAUUUCUUACCUGUCAUCAGGAGUCGAUGAGUUCCUUGAACACUCAGCAGACGGCGCUCGAGAACAUUCACACACUGGGCGAGGAGAUUCUGUCCUCCUGUCAUCCAGACUCUGUCAUCACCAUCAAAUCAUGGAUCAGCAUCACAAAGACUCGCUAUGAAGAGGUCCAGACGUGGGCGAAGCAGCAGGCCGAGAGGAUCCAGACCACACUGUCUGCUCUCGAGGCAGAGAGAGAGGAGAUCCAGCGAUUACUGGACUGGAUCUCCUCCGCUGAAGAGUCUCUCAAUCUGAAGGAGCAGGAGCCGCUGCCUGAAGACCUAGAGCUCUCUGCAGAUCUCAUCACUCAGCACACGGAUUUCAUGAGGAAUGAGAUGAAAGGGAAGGUACCAGAAAUUGAAAACGCCACAAAAUCCUGUAAACACAAGCUGGUUCCCAAGCAUCAGGUUUCCCCCAGUCGCAAAGCACCAGCAAAGAGGAGAGGCACAGCGAAGCCCCCGCCGUCUGCUCCUCUUCCACUGGAGAAACUGGACCCGCAGACACCCGUGAUGAGUCAGCUGGUGAGUCAGUGGAGGACACUCUGGCUCCUGGCCCACGGCAGACAGAGCAGACUAGAGGAACAUCUGCAGAGGCUGAAAGAGCUGGAGGAGUUUGCUAAUUUUGACUUCAACAUCUGGCGGAAAAGAUACAUGCAGUGGAUAAGUCACCUCAAAUCCCGGAUACUGGAUGUUUUUCGUAGCAUUGAUCGUGAUCAGGAUGGACGAAUCACUCACAAGGAGUUCAUCAGCAGCGUUCUGGCCUCUAAAUUUCCCACCAACUCCCUGGAAAUGACUGCGGUUGCUAACAUAUUUGAUGUUAACGGUGAUGGAUUCAUUGACUACUAUGAAUUUGUGAGUGCCCUCCAUCCAAGCCGAGACCCUUACAGAAAGACGAUAGAUGCAGACCAAAUCAAUGAGGAGGUGAGCCGUCAGGUCUCUCAAUGCAACUGUCCAAAGAGAUAUCAAGUAGAGCAAAUAAGCGCAAAUCGCUACAGGUUUGGAGACUCUCAGCAGUUGCGGAUGGUUCGUAUUCUCAGAAGCACUCUGAUGGUUCGAGUUGGUGGUGGAUGGACAGCGUUAGAUGAGUUUCUAGUGAAGAAUGACCCCUGUAGAGUAAAGGGACGCACGAACCUGAAGAUAAAGGAGAAGUAUCUCUCUCCAGAUGCGUUCGAGGCGUCGGGCCGCAGAGGCAGCGCUAAAGGCCUGACCGUCAGCAGAUCUAACUCCAGCCUGAGUUUAUACAGCAGCGCUUCGGCUCCCAGCAGCCCGCUGACACGCAAGGCAUUGCUACGCAGAAGUUUCUCUGGUGAGAGGUGCAUUCGACCCAGGAGCUCUAUUGCAGCAUUGGGGAUCGACCAUUUCUCUGCCGACAUCGACUCACCUUCACCUACAGAAGAGGCAGAAAGACCGCCAACAUGACCACAUCUUGUCCCAUACCACGAGCUCAACCAGGCAGGCGUUCCUGAUCCGCAGGAUGGACAGAAAACCAGCCCAGCAGGCCUCAGAUCAGUGGGCACGCUCAGACAGUUCACUCAGCACAGCUCUCACGGCUGGUCACUAGUGCUCUGAGGUGUGUUACACCAUCUGUUUCAUAGCAUAACAUUGACUUUUUACCUUCACAGACUUUGUUUUUACAAAACGGACUCCCUGCUUUGUGUGUAACGAGAGACCGCUGGAAUGUUUCGCAUGGGUUCGAGCAGCACGACGCCUGUAGUAUCAAAGAGCAAUAGCUUAUGUAGUGCUUUACACAGCAUAUAUGCACAGAUGUCUUUAUUUUCUGUUGUUGCCUGAUGUAGGGACAAAUGUUCAAUCUGACCCUGCAUCCUCAAGCGUAAAGCCACUGCCUUUGUAUCAGUUUCACCCCACAGUUAGUGAUGCAAAAUACACACCAAAAUACUGCUGUUUUAUGGUUUAGGCUUUAUGAUAAGCUGAGCUUUUGGGGUCCGUGUUAUUGUUUUGUGAAAGUGUGGCUAUUAUAUCCUCAGGUCUGAAGUGCUAGAAUAUUUCAGGGUCUAGUGUAUGAAUUUAAAGACCACAUGAAAUACACCACCUGCCACCAUUAGCAAAUAGUAAAUACUGGUUAACGGUGGUAAAUGAGCCCAAGAAAUACAUGACUAUGCCUACAUUUCCUGAAAUGUGUAAAUAGCAAAACCAGAAAUACAUUGUUCCAGGUACAUUUUAGUGCACUUUUCACAUGACAUGUCUACAAGAGGCGCUAUAAGCUAUAUAAUUUUUACCCCAUUGCAGAUUCAGAUUUAUUAAACAGCACAGUGUCAUGAAAAAAGAAAAGAAAACGUGCCUGUGGAUGUACAAUGGUUGCAAAAAGUGUUGGUUAUAGCACAUUUCAUGACAGUUUCAAAUCGAAAGGUCUAGUGUCUGAUGCUAAAUGGCAUGUUCAAAUGUCUCCAAACCACAGUUAAAUGUGACUGUGGCAAUGUUUCAUUACAUUGGUUGUUGGUACAUAUUGUGGCUUUUCAUCAAUUAAAUCUAACCUAUAUUGUUUACAAAAGCAAAUGUGAGAUAAAAACACAUUUGCUGAAACAAGCAUGCCAUUUUAGCUUGCUAAUUGCAAGUGCAGUGCUUUACCAGGUGCGCUACCGAGCAAGUUUACUGCGUCAGAAAAUGCCACACAUAUGGAGCUGAUUAUGUGAUGCAAAUGACAAAAUAUAUUAGUUUACAAAUAAUGCACUAUGGUGAAAUUAUUCUGUAUUCAUAACAGAGUAUUGUGCAAGACAACAUGCAAAAAUAAGCAUUUAUUCAUCAAUAAUCUGCCCCGUAAACA